AUGAUGCUGGCAGGUUUAACGCUGGUCCUCAUUCUCCUUGGUGUGACUUCCUCAGCCACUGCAGAAUUCGGUUCAGUAGCCGAAAAAGAAGAUGCCCUCCUCAGACAUUUAUUCCAAGGUUAUCAGAAAUGGGUUCGCCCUGUAUUAAAUUCUAAUGACACCAUAAAAGUAUACUUUGGAUUGAAAAUAUCUCAACUCGUAGAUGUGGAUGAAAAGAACCAACUGAUGACAACAAAUGUGUGGCUCAAACAGGAAUGGACAGACCACAAAUUACGCUGGAAUCCUGAUGAAUAUGGUGGAAUUCAUUCAAUAAAAGUCCCAUCAGAAUCUCUCUGGCUUCCUGAUAUAGUUCUCUUUGAAAAUGCUGAUGGACGUUUCGAAGGCUCCCUCAUGACCAAAGUCAUAGUGAAAUCCAAUGGAACUGUCAUUUGGACCCCGCCUGCCAGUUAUAAAAGUUCAUGCACCAUUGACGUCACGUUUUUCCCAUUUGACCGGCAGAACUGCUCCAUGAAGUUUGGGUCCUGGACUUACGACGGUACCAUGGUUGACCUUGUUUUGAUAAAUGAAAAUGUCGACAGAAAAGAAUUCUUCGACAAUGGAGAAUGGGAAAUACUAAAUGCAAAAGGGAUGAAGGGAAGCAGAAGAGACGGUUUAUACACAUACCCGUUCAUCACUUACUCCUUCGUCCUGCGCCGCCUGCCUCUUUUCUACACCCUCUUCCUGAUAAUCCCCUGCCUGGGACUCUCUUUUCUGACAGUUCUCGUGUUCUAUUUACCUUCUGAUGAAGGAGAAAAACUUUCCUUAUCGACAUCUGUUCUCGUUUCCCUGACGGUCUUUCUUUUAGUGAUUGAAGAGAUAAUCCCAUCUUCUUCAAAGGUGAUCCCUCUCAUUGGAGAGUACCUACUGUUUAUCAUGAUUUUCGUUACCCUGUCGAUCAUUGUGACCGUGUUUGUCAUUAACGUUCACCACAGAUCUUCCUCAACUUACCAUCCCAUGGCCCCCUGGGUUAAGCGGCUAUUUCUGCAAAAACUUCCUAAAUUACUUUGCAUGAAGGACCACGUGGACCGCUACUCUUUCCCAGACAGAGAAGAGAGUAAAGCGGUAGUGAAAGGUAAAGUCCUAGAAAAAAGGAAACAGAAACAGAUCAGUGAUGGAGAAAAAGUUCUGGUUGCUUUCUUGGAAAAGGCUGCUGAUUCCAUUAGAUACAUCUCGAGGCAUGUGAAGAAAGAACAUUUUAUCAGCCAGGUAGUACAAGACUGGAAAUUCGUAGCUCAAGUUCUCGACCGCAUCUUCCUGUGGCUCUUUCUGAUAGUGUCAGUGACGGGGUCUGUUCUGAUUUUUACCCCCGCUUUGAAGAUGUGGCUACAUAGUUACCACUAGGAACAAGUCUUCAGAGAACUCUAACAUAUAUGUAUACCAUAAAGACAAAAUUAAACCUUA